AUGAACCGCGUGGUGCUUGCGGCGCUCGUCCUUGCCCUCGCCGGCCGCAGCUGCCUCGCCGACGACCAGACCACCACGAUGGCCGACGAGCGCCGCCUGACGGAAACCACCGUGGGCGACGACACGACGAGCGCGGCGGCUCGCAGCGGGGGCCUCGGCACCGUGCUUUUCGCGCUUCUCGCGCUCCUCUACCUGGGCAGCGCGGCGGGGGCGGCAGUGGACGAGUCCACCACGAUGGCCGACGAGCGCCGCCUGACAGACACCACCAUGGGCGACGACACGACGAGCGCUGCGGCUCGCAGCGGGGGCCUCGGCACCGUGCUUUUCGCGCUCCUCGCGCUCCUCUUUGCGGGCAGCGCGGCGGGGGCGGCAGUGGACGAGUCGACCACGAUGGCCGACGAGCGCCGCCUGACAGACACCACCGUGGGCGACGACACGACCAGCCCCGCGGCCCCCCGCGCGGCGCCAGUGUUUGCCCUCACUGCGGCGCUCGGUCUUGCAGCCCGUCGGUGA